GAGGGGCGGCCUGACGUACGGUGCGGAUGGUGGUGGCCUGCGAGGCUCAUUUCUAGCAAGGAACAAGGCUUUCCCGCUUUGAUUUUAUAAAUACAUGUUUUCAAAGCUAUAAUAUAUAGAAAUUGAUAAGACAUGUCCCUGUCCCGGGAAACGCAGGCACCGCGUGUUUGGAAAGACAUUCAUCUGGGCUGUUUGACAGACUCCCCAGUUGGUGCCAUGCUCUGUGCUUAGGGAACUGUGAGACCCCUGGAGGGGUGGGUACCGGGACCGCGCUCAGCCUGGGGCUUGGAGGCGGCCUCCUAUAGGAAGCGACCUGGGACCUAAGAUUUUUAGACUGACUGUGGGUUCACUGGAAUAAAAAGGAAGAAACAAAGAGCAUUGCAGGCAUCGGGACUGUCACAUUUGACAAGAUCAAAGCUGCAGGAAAAUGGACAGUGAGGUUCAGAGAGAUGGAAGGAUCUUGGAUUUGAUUGAUGAUGCUUGGCGAGAAGACAAGCUGCCUUAUGAGGAUGUCGCAAUACCACUGAAUGAGCUUCCUGAACCUGAACAAGACAAUGGUGGCACCACAGAAUCUGUCAAAGAACAAGAAAUGAAGUGGACAGACUUAGCCUUACAGUACCUCCAUGAGAAUGUUCCCCCCAUUGGAAACUGACGCUCCUUUCUUGUGGAUGGAUUUUCUCAAAGUACACAGAUAAAGCAUGUUUUGUUUCAGUCUCCAAAUUCAAAUCUUUGAGUAAUAAAUCAGCACUCAAAAAUGUACACCCAUUUAGUUUGUGGUAGCCAAGUGCAAUGAGAAAUUGAAUGAGAAACAGAUUUCUCAGUAAUGGUGGAUAUUUGGCUCUUUAAACCUAAAACUCUUCAUUGAGUAGCUUAUAUUUGAACAUGAUUGGUUAAACAUUUGCCUCUACCUCUGAUUUUGCUUUGCUGUCAAAGUUUAACACCUUCCAACUACUUAUGUGUGUCCUGUAACACAGGUGAUUGAACAUAUGAGAGGGAAAGGCAAAGAAAAAGGAAGCCAGACACUAGGAGAAUUAUUAACUUCUCAUACUUCCCCACAUUGAGAAGCAUUUGGAGUGUAUUUAGCCUGUAGAUGUUGUGAUAUGCAAAUAUCCCAUUCCCUGGUUACUGGCAUUCCUAAGAUUCUUCAUGGUAUUUUCAAACUUUGGAUAAAUUUACAGAUUAGAAAGAUAUCUGACAGUUAACCUCUGUUCUCCUUACAAAUUCCUUUUGUGCUGCUGGAAAGGAUCUUUGGCUAGGUGGAUGACUAGUUUUAUUCAAAGCCUUUUCUUAAAGCCCUUUCAGUUACAACCACCCCACUGUGGAAUCAGUAUUUAGUUAUACGUUUGUAUGAGAACCUGUAUUUUGAAAAACACAUUCAAGUAUAUUUAUUCCUGGAAUUAUUUGCCUGUUAAACAGUGUCUUUCAUGUUCCCUCCCCAGAUUGUAAACUCUGUAAGAAGCUGCUUGUAUCUGUAUCCCUUGUUGAAACUCUGAAAACACUGAAUAACUAAAAUCUCUUCUCAUCCUUUU